AUGAAUUUGCUAACCAGGCGGAAAAGCUUAGUGAUACUGAUUCUUUGGCUGUGUAUAGAUUUUUCUGAGGUUUGUGAUUUUGUUUUUACAAAUGUACGACACCACAAUUAUUUAUUUCCAUGAAAAGAUACCUUGAAUCUCUUAGGAAACACUCGUUUCCAUGAAGUGGUAUCGAAUUCAUAGUUUUAUCAUCCAGUUUGCUUGCUCCGUAAGACUCUUUAGUGUCUUCUUUCUGUCUGUCGUUUAUUUCUUAGGUAGAGCUGUCUAUGCCUAUCACAGUCUAUCAUCACAAAAUUUAUUUUGACUCCAAAGAUAAUUGACUAUAAUAGUAUUUUUUGGGUCAGUAACCAAGAAGAAUUAUAUUUAAAAAAGUGAAUUAUGUUAUUUUACGCAAAGGCUGUGACAGACUUUCAAAAUCUAAUGGCAAUAUGGCGUCAUUACAGUGGUCAACUAAUGGACGGAAAUGUAAGUGGCAUUUUUUUCGGUGUUAAAUGAAAAAUAAAAAUUGUCUUAAAAGUUAAAUGAAUUCCAUUUUUUUCUGUCUCAAACUGUGAUAACCUGUUUUCCGCUUGGACAAGAUUGCUUCGUUUGGAGGCUGGUGUAAAUUUCCUGUGUUGUUUGAUAUUCAGCGUCUUUUAUCUUGCAUGGCGGUCAGUUUGAUGCACGAAGGAUCCGGCCACAAAACAGUGCUAAAAUAGGAUAAAAAUAAAUAAAAAGAAAGAAAUAUCCAUACCACAUGAAUGCCUGUAAAGUGUGUUUUGUCUUUUGUAGUUUACGUCUGUUGAUGUAACUGUUUCUAUCUAUCACAAAACAGAGCUCCUACAAUGGUUAUUACAAAGGAGGUGGAGCGUGUUCGUUAGACCCCCUAACAUCAGACUACAGCCAUAAGGGUUGGAUCAAGGUCGCAGCAAGUGAUGGAGAGUUUCAAAAAUCACUUGGCUGUGGAAUGUGCGUCGAAAUUACAGGUCAAGGAAUUCUUGCCGAUCUUACUGAAAAAGGAAGAAUACCAAAGACACCAAUCUUAGGCCCAAUAUAUGCAUUUGUGAUCGAUCGUUGUGGAAACUGUAAACAAGGUAAAAGUAAUCGCGUGUCAAUUACUUUUCUGCAUUAAGACGACAGGAAAGAAUAGCGAUAUCUCACUCAAAAAAUUUAUUGAACAAUCACGUACUUAAAUAACCGACAAUGCUACAGACCCGUUUUCAGUUUUGAGAGCCAUUUGCUGUGGCAUACAUUAACAAUUUCUCUUCUUCCUUAUUUCUGGUUCCUGAUACACGUUUCUUUGCGUUGUUCCUGAGGCAUUUCCACGUAGUCAUGAGAUUUUUAUAGGGAUCAGAAACUAUGGUUAAAAGAAGUAUUCUGUAAAGGGAAAUAAAAGGAGAGAGAAAUCUUGCUUCAAAUACUUUUAAACGACUAAAAUUUCGCAUGAAUGAGUUACUUUAUCCCGAAAACAAUAAUUCAAUAAAUGACAUCUACUUAUUCCUAAGCCGAAAUUUACACUCUACCGCGUCAAUUUAUCUUAGGGUUCGACUUGUAUACCCCUGGUUCUGACCAGUGGAAGACUCAGUUCAAAGCGAUCGAUUGUCCAACAGUUUCCGGCAUAAAUGGAAACAUCAAGUUCAGAUUCGUGGAGAGCAACCCAUGGGCCAUGAAACUGCAAACUCGAAAUUCCAGGCAAGUUUUCUCUGUGAUAUACGUGCCAAAUUAAAAUUAAAAGACGAUCACCGCGCAUAUAUGUUUUUCACUGGUAGGGCUUACAAUCUGCGACUGGUCAUUCUGGAGUUCAUUAAAUUAUUUCGUUCUUGUUGUGAUUAGGAACUUUUAAUGAGUUUGGCGAUCCAUCGUAUAAUUACUGUUACUGAAGUCAAAUCUGUAACGGCUUUUAUAGAUGUCUCGUGAUUAGUUGUACUGAUCGCAAUGAGUGGAGCCAUAUUUUUGCUGGUGACUGUCCUUAUAUCUUACAAAAUCACUUUGUAGAGAUCUCUCCAUGUGAUGUUCACCAUUCUUAUGAGCGUUUGAGGUCCAAGUUGAAACUUGUAAAUACCUAAUACAUAUUCCUACCAAAUCUAUUCUCUUCAGUAGGCUUUUUUACUUUCUGCCAGGGUAGUGACGGUUGGACUAGAGAUUUUUCAGAGUGGGAGAUGGAUUUGUCUUCCGAGAACAGAUGAUAAUUUCUUCCUGGUGGGAUCACCUAAUAAAAUAAAUUUUCCCUUGCGAGUACGCUUGACAAGUGUUAGCGGAGAGCAAGUGGAGUCGACCAUCACAGAGCUGAAGAAUAACGUAGAUCUUACUUCUUCUGUGCAGUUCUCAGGGUUCAUAAAAGGUGGGUCACAAGUUACGAAUCAGCCAAUAAGAGCUAUAACUAGGAAUAUACCUUUUAUGAUUUGAUUAAAACAUCGGUAGAAUUUAGUUGAGAAUAUGAAUUAUUAUUAACUCCUGAAGAUGAAGUUGAAUGAAAAAUGUCAUUUUGUCUCAGAGGAAAAGGGAAUAUUGUGUCCAUUAAGUUUGUCCUCAGCUACGAACAAAGUCAGAGGGUUUAAGGCGACUUAUUUUCAAUCAUCUUUGUUGGCAUUUUUCUUCUUUUUGCCCAUGCAACCUCAGUUCAUUUUCUAUCAUCUGAUUUAAUAUCCGGUUAUGGGAUGCAUGUCAUGUCAUGUCACACUAGAUGUUUUGUCUCCUUUUUUAACAGGAAGUGACCCACGUACGAUCACAUGUUAUGGUCAAGGUCCUAACUCAGGAAAAAGUGACGACGAGACAGGUAGACAACUCACAAGAUCGAUUAAGCUGACAGUCUAGGUCAUGAGUUUAAAUGUAGUACAGGCCUGAAUAUUUUUCAGGCCUUAUUUUUACUAUUGCUUAAGUAGUGUUCAUUACUGCGAAGAUCACUUUCAUAUUCAUUUCUUUAUCCGCAAUUCACAUAUGCCAUUUUUAUGUAUUUACAGUCAUUCAUUUAUCCCUCCACGGCUUAUUAGAAACCAACAUACUGACCACCUCACCGCUGCACCGGUAUCGCAGAGGUCAUACAUGCAUGGGUUCAAAUCCCGUACAGGCCUGAAUUUUUUUCAGGCCUUAUUUUCACUACUGCUUAAGUAGUGUUCAUUACUAUGAUCCGCAGUUCACAUAGAUUAUUUUCUUGUAAAUUAUUUACAGUCAAUCGAAAUAAAGUUAUCACUAUAUUUUAUCAAAAUAGUCAAUAGUUAAGAGAAGUUGCUAUCCCUUGCGAUCAAGUCUUACCAAGAGCCAUCGAGUUUUAAGCAGUUUUUUCCUCUUCACGUUCAUUUUGCAUUCUUGGGUUUAACAGGUGAUGAGGCAUUUUGCAGAGACAAACUAGAUGGUUACUACCAAGAUACCAGGGAUUGUGUAGCAUUUUAUCAGUGCUUUAAAGGCAGUACCUACAGACGACGUUGUAAUAGGGGCCAAGUAUUUAACGAUAUGCUAAAGUCAUGUGACAAUCCGACAAAUUUUCCAUGUCGCCAAAGAUCACUCAUCAGCCCUCUAAAUGCUGACAAAUUUACGAGUUCAGCGAUAUCCCCCAAGAUGGAACUGAACAUACAUCAACCGACCCCGGAUCUAUUAAAAAGAGGUAUGUAUCUACUUUAGACACGUUGUUCGGGUUUACUAUUUGAUAUUAACACACGCUCCGCGAGCAAGAUGUUCCUAGAAUUUUUUAGCCAUGGUGGUUGCCAGAAAAGUGCAUGAAUUCCAAAAAAGCAUAGAAGCUUCAUCCUCUUAUUGAUCGAAAGAAACUAUGAUAUAACAUUCUUGAUGAGAAUAAGCAUACGAUUGUCUUUUUUGAAAUUGAAAACUUUUGACUGCCCUCAAUUUCCAGUGGACGAAACCUUCUGUGUUACUAAACUUGAUGGCUUCUACGAAGACCCCAACAACUGUACAUCAUUUUACCAAUGUCUGAAUGGCAAAGCUACAAAGAGACACUGUUUGAAAGGAAUGGUGUUCAAUGCUUUACUGAAGUCAUGUGACACACCACAGAGCUUUCCAUGCCGGACGACAGAAGGCACUGAAGUUGGGCAAUCAGAAUCUACUGAACCGGAAGUCAAACCAACUCACCGCCAAGGAAUGGACACGGGUGAAAGCCUGGGCAUGAGCAAUCUUGCGACGGGUAGGCAUAUCAAAAGUUUAGUCGAAGAAACACGAUUUUUUUUAUUCUUCCAUCAUACUAAUUAAAUCUAGAAACACAAAAAUGAACAAUUCUUCCAAAUCUUUAAAUCUUAAAGUGAGAAUGAAAACCAUCCUUUUCUGCAGCUAUGUUGCUGUGGGACUGGGGCUAAGGACACGAGACUUAUCGUCGGUGGGAAACCGAGUAGCCAAGAGCUUCCAAACUGUCCGUGACAGUUUCAUAAAUAUAAGCCCGCAGAAUCCUUGAUAUGAUACAAGACCAAAAAUAUAAAUGGACACUUCUCAAACUCUUUCUUUGCUUUCUAUCCUUUUUCAGACAGAAAUGGAAACACGCCACUGACACCAGUAAAACCAGUUAGACCAGCCGUAAAAUCCGACGCAAAUACCAACGAAGUAAUAGGUAGAGUGAGCGCUUUAUAUCUGCAUUCGUUUUGAAUGCACUGUUAUAUUACCGUUGACAAUAAAACCACUAUAAAGUCGAGAUUAUGAAAAUCGCAACUACAUCAGCCUUAACUGAAAAAAUAGAUGGUGCCUUAGAGAGUGUCACUCAGUCAUACAAUGACGUGUUAAAAUUCAGAGGACGUAUUCUUGAAACUUUAUCUUCAAAUGAAAUAGUCACCUCAUAACCAAGCAAUCAUCGUUAACACGCAGCUGUUUCUUUCUAUUCUGUAUUUUAAAAGUGGACAAGGAGUUCUGCCUAGAGAGACCUAGCGGAAAUUACGCGGACCCAUACGACUGCUCAAGUUUCUACUCGUGUUCAUUGGACGAGACGAAGAGGGAGACCUGUCCGAGAGGUUUGCACUAUAACUACAACACGGGCGAGUGUGAUUGGCCCUUUAAUGUUAAGUGCGCCCCACCCCCGCCCUAUAAACCUCGGAUACGUAAAGUAUCUGUGUACAAACCAGGAAACGAUAAGGCCAUGACUAUCAAUGGAUUCAUAACACAUAUCAUGGCUGUGGCAAAGAGGCGCACCAUCCGAAAGGUGUAG